GUUUGUUGUUCGAUUCGGCUCAAUUGUUGAACGUAAUAGAUGAUGUUUAUCGCAAACUCCUCGAAGAAGAAGAAGCGGUUGGUUUCGUAUCUUCGCUCCAGUGCCGGGGAUAAACGUGGGGGAUGCAAGGUUUUCAUUAGGCGUCAUCAUUUCCGGGGCUCAAAUCUGCUCUCAGAAUAUCUUUAUUUGUUUUCGGUUAAAGCCGUCUUGAAUUGAAAGGAUGAUGAACUGAACGGCGAUGGCAGUGGUCGAGGCAGCUGGUCCAGACCGAUGCUACUCUGCUGGAUAGUAGAACCGAGGUUUGCUGCGAAGUCCCUCAACAGUGCCAAGAACCGGGCCGGAGCUUUAGGAAUUAAGAAGCCUUUUUUGCAUCGCCAUUGUCUGUGUUUGCCUGUUUAAACUAUGGAGACCAGCCAGGUGAACUUAACUAUCAGGGGAGAGACCACUCCGGGUGAGGUGAUUGCUGUUGUCGGCAGCUGUGAGGCUCUGGGAAACUGGAGCUACCAGAAAGCUGUGACUCUACAUCCUAUUGGUGACGAAAGGCACACAUGGGCAGUGACGAUCUCUGUACCCCGGGGGGUUGUUUCCACGUAUCGCUAUUUUAAGGGCUUCUUCCUGGAAUCAAAGAGUGCGGGUGGCCCAUGUCAAGUGAUAGUCAAUUUGUGGGAGACCCAUCAUCAGCCUCGCACGAUGAGCCCCACAGUUGCACAGCAGAACAUUGACGAUGGGGAAUUUGGAUUUCACAAUGGCAUGAAAUGCGUUGACUCAGGAUGGCUGACAUGCCAGACGGACAUUCGACUUCGCUUGCACUAUUCCAAGAGGCCUCCGGUGUCCAUCACCAAGAAGAAAUUCAAGAAGUCACGCUUCAGGAUUAAACUUACGUUAGAGGGUGUUGAAGAGGAAGAGGAGGAAGAGGAAGAACAGGAACUCAGCCCUUCCUCUUGGCACAAGAUGACCACAACUCUGGAAAUCAGUCUAAUCACUGCCAACGACUACAAGUCACGCCACUCUCAGCCAGAGUGCGGCUACGCCCUGGAGCCCUCUCGGUGGACCGAGUACAGCAUCCACACCAUGGACCCGGACAACCUGGAGCUCACUUUUGAGUUUUUUGAGGAGGAUCUGGGCGAGCACGUGGUCCAGGGAGACAUCCAUCCCGGACAUGUCGGGACAGCCUGCCUCCUGUCUUCCUCGUUCUUGGAGAACGGCAAUGACACAGGCGUAGUCACGCUUCCCAUCAUGGGCCGAAACUCCAGGCAGACGAUCGGGAAAGUCAGAGUGGAUUACCUGGUGAUCCGCCCUAUCCAGAAGCUGCAGUGCGACAUGAGCUCCUCGUACACAAAGCACUGGAAAAAAAGAAGCACGGUGGACGUGGGUCACCGAGGAGCUGGAAGCACACACGCUGCCAAAUACCACAAAGUCCGGGAAAACACAAUUGCUUCUUUCAAAAGUGCUGCCAAGCAUGGUGCAGCUUUUGUGGAGUUCGACGUUCAUCUCUCCAAGGAUUCCAUGCCAGUCGUAUACCACGAUCUAACAUGUUGCAUCUCCACCAAGAAGAAAAAUGACCAGACUCUGGAGCUCAUAGAAGUCCCUGUCAAAGACCUGACAUUUGAUCAGCUGCAGCUAUUGAAGCUGGCCCAUGUCGCUGCAAUGACAGGAAGUGAUCACAAAGAUCUCCUGGAGGAUGAGGAUGAAGUCGAUGAACAUCAGCCGUUCCCCUCACUAUCACAGAUUUUCCAAGCUGUUCCGGAAAGUGUUGGUUUUAACAUUGAACUGAAAUGGAUCAGCCAAAUGAAAGACGGAACGUGGGACGGGAACUUGUCGUCGUAUUUCAACAUGAAUACCUUCCUGGACAUUAUUCUUACCUGUGUUCUGCAGAAGGCUGGGAAAAGGCGGAUCAUCUUCUCGUGUUUCGACCCAGAUAUCUGCACAAUGGUGCGACUCAAGCAGAACAAGUACCCCAUCCUUUUCCUGACUCAGGGCAUUUCAGAAAAGUAUCCCGAGCUGAUGGACGUGCGCUGUCAAACGACGCAGAUCGCCAUCAGCUUCGCUCAAAGCGAGAACAUUCUGGGAAUCAGCGCUCACACCGAGGAGCUGCUGAAGCACCUUAAGUACAUCGGCGAGGCCCGGUCCAAAGGCCUGGUGGUGUUCAGCUGGGGAGACGACAACAACGAGCAUGAAAACAGAAGGAAGCUGAGAGAGCAGGGAAUCGACGGGCUCAUUUAUGACAGAAUUUGUGAAAGCUUGCUGCCAUAUUUUGACUCAAGUUCUCCAGAUUCCUGUAAUGUCUCUCUGGUUCCUCUGUUUUUGUUUUCUUUUAAUUUACUCACGUUGUCCCGCUCCGCUUCUCUUCGGUCGCCCGUCCUACAUGCUACCCGAGUGAAUCCUGCUCACCGAAUGUUGCCGCAGCACAGCAGUGUUUCUUGACAAUGAUACAUGAGGCGGUUGACUUAUCAUAUUUCUUAAGGCCUUUGAAGAUUAUAUAUCUGAAAAACUCUUCUUCACAGUCUGAAAAACAACACAACACAAGUGUUGUCUUUGAUUGGUCAGCUGCCAUGGUUAUCAUUUUGAGCUUUUUUGUUUCUUUUUUUUUUUAAUAAUCACAAGGACCCUUCCUGUUACUGUCACAUCUGCUUGAGAAUGCUUUUAAGUUCCCCCGUUUUUAUUCUCGCUGCCGUUUUGUCAUGAUUUUUCAGUUUGGAUUUGUAUCUAAAAGUGGCACAGAGAGCGAAUGGCUUUUUAUUUGCAUGAGACUAAAGAUUCUGAAUGACGGAGUGCUGCUUGUAAUCGGAUUUGCAGAAAGCAGACUUGCACAAGCGUUGGUGCGGCAAACUAUGUGUGCCAACUUGCAACUGGUCAAGCUGGCUUGAUCCAAAAGCAUUUAUUCCUCGCAUGAAAUGCGCUCCGACACCUCUGGAAAGUCGAUUUGAUGUCGGAGCGUAUGGUUUAUGUUGGCGAAAAUGUUUCAAAGCAGUUGGGUGAUCUGCCUGUACUCGUUUCAAAAAAGGUUUGAGUUCUGGAAAUUAGGCAUCAGCCGGUUACGGGUUUGAAGUUAAACCAAUGCUGGACUCAAACAGUGGAGUGGAGCACCGCUGGUGUAGAUUAAUGCAGUGCCAACUACAUCUUAAAUCACUGAAUCUUAUGCUUAUGCAUUACUUUGGCUUAAAUCUGUAACAAAACCAAAUUGACAAAUGUUGGAGUUGUGAUGAAUUGAUUAGAUCAUUCUGAGCUGUUCCUUAUUUUCAAAUAUUUGUGUUAAUUCCAGGAAAUUGCUGUACUUUUGUGCAAGAUUGUUAUACCAUGACAACCUCAUACCGGCCCAUGCCCUACUUUGAACUAAGUGGUGAUUUCACUGGAAUCUCUGGACUGUCUGCUCUUGUUUGUUGAGCUUUUUCACUCUUUAAUGCAGCAAUAACCAUCUAUAAUAGGCGUGCCUUAACUUGCAGGGUUUUUGUUUUUUUUUCCUUGUUAGUCAAACGUUGAUUGCCUCAGAUGCAUCUGCAGGACUUUAUCUGCUUAAUUGCAGGUUGUAAAAAAGUUAAUCAACCAAAAAAAACACAGACGUAAGAUUGCACUUAGCCCAAAGCAAACCUACUAAUCCCGGAAUGCUAUUAAAGGUUGUCAUUCGAGCUUCAUUCCUGCAGGCAGAACAGCAACCAGUGCAAUCAUUCACCCGUUUUAACUCGACUCUGCAUGAGAAAUGAUGGGGGAUUUACAAUCAGUUUUUACAGAAAAUAUAAGACGAUGGUCAAACUGGCCAGCUUGCCUUUUUAUAUAGUUAUUAAAUCUGCCUAGCAACAGUGUAGAUUCACGAGUUGCAAAUUUCACCACUACUUAGAUGAAUUUAUGUAAAACAACAGUAUUGUGUUUUCC